UUUUAUAUCAACAACUUUGAAAGGAUCAUAACUUAUUUUGUAAUUCUAUAUCGUAUUAAGUUUUUUUUUGAACGGCUAUAAGUAUGAAUUCAACCUCUCGCGGAGGACAUUUUAUGGUACAAAAUUUAGAAGACACCGAUGUUGUCGAUCAGGUCUGGACAGAUGAGCAGUCUGAUAUAUCUUCCGAAUGCAGCAACAGCAGUUGCGAUUCACGAGCUCACGAAUGGACAUCUUUCAUCGAGGAUAAUUUCCUGCUUUACAUCAAAUUCGAUCUCGUUUAUCACGCAAAGCCAGUUGUAUUUGACGAUGAUGUUUUCUUCAGAAAUGAGUACAAAAGAUUGUCGAUAAGAAAGAAGGAGAACAUUCUAUCCAAGUUUGGCCAGCGAGAGAAGAAUAAGCAUAAGCUAUUCAAAGUGACAAUCAUUGAUUCAGCCAAGAAGGAACAAUUGAACGGAAUCAACAAGGAAAUCAUAAUCAGUAUUGCUCCCAAGAAAAAUAUCAUAUUGAAAGAUGUUCUUCCUUUGUCGGAAACGAUUUUAGGAAUCAGCACAACCUUGUUUCCGGAUGGUCGCAAAUUGAUGGUUGAUAAGUUGAGAGAUUAUUCGGUAUUCAACAAAAACAAGUUUGUUAAAUCAAAGGAUUGGAUCAAGUCGAUAGAUUCAGAAAUGGUAACAGUAGACAAUUUAGAAUCACUUUUGGAAGGUUCAACAAAGAUUCCAACAAUACUACGAGUAACAUUCUUCGAAAUGGUUGAGCAGGAUGUUGCGAAUGCCAUCGAAAUUAAAAUAACAAAUUUAAUGGAUUUAAUACAAAGCCAGGAAACUUUGUUUAACAAAGACGAUAUUCAAACAAUGAAUAGUAAUGAUUUGAUUUUUAGCUUGAUUUAUAUAUCAAAAGAGUAUACACAAAAUGAUGAACUGGAUAUCAAAUUCUGCUAUCCUACGCGUGACAAUAAUUUAUUGUUUAGCACAAAAGGAAGUUUUGUAACACUGCACUCUAUUUUCAGUGCAUCGUUCAAAACGCGUACAGUUAUGACAAAUCUCAAAAUUCGAAACGUUCUCUACUAUACAACGUACAGUUUCUUUGAGGAUGGUAUUCUCUUACUAAGUUUUAACUCUAAAUACUCUUCGCUUUUCUCCGUUAAACAAAAAAGUGAUCAAAUUUGUCGAUUGUUAAACGCCUUGUAUAUGGAUUGUUCUUUAACAUUUAACAGACCUAUUGAGGAACAAACAGAGUUGAUGCAAUUGUGCGAACUUAUAAGACAUUCAAUAAAAAUGAAUCGUAGUAUGGAUAAGUUUGAAAAAACUUUUCCUCAUCCUCAUUUUGUUCCAUUGCCUAAAGAAAUUCAGUUACGGAUCGAUGAUGCGCUUGGAGAGCUGGAGGCAAUGGAUUAUCGAAAUUGGAAUGAUGAUUUAGUUGAUCUUUUCUGUGAUCUCACCAUUAUAGGUUGUUGCCUGUAUUACAAUCAGUAUUUGGUAUGCUCACAUUUGAGUGGUGCCUUGCUCACGGAUAUCGAAGCUGUAUUGAAAAAUUUCGGAAUAUUUGAAGUUUUGUCAAAUACUAACGUAAAAAAUCUAGCAUUUUGGCGCAAAUUUUAUCCACAAGAGUUUUGCGAGUACAAAUUUUAUGAAUGUAAUGAUGCCUACCUCAUGUUGGUAUCGAUUGGUCACCUUUUGCUAGUAGUAAUACUGGAAGUGCCUUUGAAUACAAAUCACAACAAAUCGUUUUCUAGAUAUAUUGAGGAAAUUCAAGAUAUGCUGGAUUAUUUCAAAUCUUCAGGCAUUGAAAAUCUCAUAAGAAUAUGGAUAGACUCUAAUCGACGUCCCCAAUGUAUAACAACGACAACCGCAAAACAGGAAUCUCCUUCCGAUGAACACCGUUCAAAUACGAAAAACCAUGACGAAGAGUCGAAUGCAUCAAGUUCCAUAAAAAAUCAGACCAUCAAGGAUGAUGGCGGUAACGAACCAGAUGAUGAUGAUGAUUCAGAUUGGGGCCAGAGUUUGGAUAGCAGCCAAAGAAGUAGCACUUUCGAUAUUAAUGAGCUGUCCGAAAAUCGCUGUAAAGAGUUUUCAGAACUCAUUCCAAGUAUGAUUACAUUUGGCAAGGAAAAUUUAUUGUUCUACUUUGUACAACUUGAAAUCGGGGACGGAAUGUUUUUAGCUCCAACGUUGAACUCAUUCAAUGCCAAACAUGACAUUAUAAUGAACACAUUCCGUAAAACGUGCACAUUGAUUCACAAUACGUUACAGAAUACUAAAAAGUUUCGUGAUCUGCUUUCAAACGAGAAUAAUAAAAUAAGCAAUACAUAUCACCGUUCUUCGGUUGCUAUCAAGGAGCAGGGAAUGCUAAUGUCCGUACCAAAAGAAACAAACAACGGCGAACGGAUUGAGUUCUGGGUUUUGGGGAGACUUUUCAGCUCCCCUGCCAGAGAACUUUAUGUUUGUCAUCGAUCCGAUGCGCCGCAGAACAUGGUAGAGCUUGCAUUCCGAAUUUGUCUGACAUGUGCCGGAUGAUCAUCAAAGCGUUCUAGAAAUUGAAAAUUUUAUUAGACUGGGGUUCAAUAAGACUUUAACACUUUACACUAAUCGCAUAAGAAACAAAAUUAUUUAUAUGUGCGUUAUUUAUACAAACGUUAUUAAAAUAUAUUCCCAUUGACUGCCUUUCAAAAA